AUGUCACUCCUCAGCCUCCCCCUUGAUGUGCUGUACGAGAUAGCUUCGCACCUUUACGACUGGGAUCUGAAUGCUCUCACCCGCACCUGUUCUCCUCUCUACACGGUCUUCAACUUCGAACUUUACCGACGGGACCCGAGACGAGGACAAAGUAGAGCUUUGUUCUGGGCUGUUGAGCAUAAUGUGAUCGGCACACUACGGAAAUCUCUCGGGGCUGGCGCACCAACACCAUGGCCAGCACUACUUUGCCGGGCCGCUGAGUACGACUCAGUGCUUGCGAUGAAGACCCUUCUUUUGCAGGAUGGUGCUGAUAUCAAGGCUGCGGAAGAUUCCGAAGGAAUUCCACUUUUGCUGAAGGCUGUGAUCAAUCGCUCACCCAAAAUCGUGCGGUUUCUCUUGACCAGAUACGAGGUGGAUCCGAAUGUCAGGAACGACGAAGGACAAACAGCCCUUGCAUAUGCUGCCUAUGAAUGUUUCAACGACAUUGUUAAGAUUCUGCUGAAAUGUCCCCAGGUGGAUGUCAACUGCCCGGACAACAGUGGCCGCACACCACUCCGUCUAGCAGCGGGAAGGAGUCAUGUGUUCGUUGUCAGAACACUGCUCUCAAAUCCCUCGGUUGAUGUUAAUGUGAGGGAUAAUAUUUAUCACAGUACGGCUCUCUUAGCUGCAGUAGAGGUUCUUUGCGGGCGAAUCUCUUGGGCCCCUGAGAAGGUCAGAUUGAAGCAUCGGCGGACCGUACAGGCACUUCUUGAGCACCCUGCGACAUCUGUGAAUUAUGAUACGGACCCGGAUCUCAUGCAGCUGUAUCGGUUCAGCGCUCAGUACGGAUACGAAGAGAUCUUCAAAUUGCUAUGGUCAAAAGGGGUGGGAAAGCUCCCGGGAGAACUUGAUCGCUCUGGAAUCUUAUUCUUCGUUGCAGAACACGGCCAAGCAGGGAUCAUGAAGAUGUUGUUCGCGGAUGGCUUUGAGCCUGAAGCACGAACCGACACGGGCCGCACAACGCUCUCAAUUGCCGCAGAGCACAAGCAGAUUGAGUUCAUCGGCCUACUUCUCUCGACGGGCAAGGUCAACGUAAAUUCCAAAGAUAAAGGCGGACGAACGCCGUUGUGGUGGGCUAUGACACAUGGGUGGAGGAAGACCGGGACGGAUGAGACUUUGAAGCUGCUAAUCGCCCACGAUGCUACGAUUCCGACUAUCCAAGGGAAAAAGAAACUGCAAAAGGCACUGUGCAACGCMCUUGAGAAUGGCAAUUGUUUUCUAUCAGAAAUGCUCCUUGACCAAAGCCAGCCCAUCAGCAGUGGGAAAAGACAAACGCUGCUCUCCGCCGUCGCCAAAUCCGAAAACAUUUCACUGGCGAAGACUGUACUCGAAAAGGCACAAAUUGAUCCUAACAAUAGGGACUCGGAGGGUCUAACCGUACUGGACAGGGCAGUUGUUAAUGGUGAUAUCGCCCUUGUUGAUCUGCUAUUAGUCCUUGACGGGAUCGAUCUGAACUCCAGAAACUGGAACGGCGACACUGCGCUAGCAAUUGCGAUGAAAGAGCUCAGCGACUGUUUAUCAAACUCUCUCCCAUUCCCGGACAGGCGGCCUUUUGAAACUUGCAUGGAGAAAUUUCUCCGCCACAAAGAUGUUACUACAGCAUCACUGGACCCAUAUUGGCUGGUCGACUUUAUCAUUACUUAUCUCAACGCCCUUGGAGAUCAAAAACUAAUAAAACUUCUCAUUCUCAAGGAUGACUAUCUUGUCGCCUUCUCCAGGGUGCACGAAGAUGAUGGAAGAACACUACUCGAGUGGGCUCAACAGAACCAGCACAGGACCAUUGUUCGAGCACUGCGGGAAAAGGAAAGGCGAAUGUGGAUGACGAACUGA